AUGGUUCAGUUUUUGGAUACAAAGACAUUGACAGAAUUUAGGUUCUUAACAAUAGCUCUUAAAAUCCAAGAAAUCAAUGAGAAUUUGGAGUAUGUUCGAAAAGAGGGAGCCGAUCUUGGCCUCAAAGAGAGGCUUGCCACCAAUGUGCCAACUUUGCCUACUUUUGAAACCGAUUCCUUCUCACAUGAUCCAAUUUUCAUUGGAAGAGAUGAGUUGGUGUCGGAAAUAGUGGAGGUUAUUAACACUGGUACUACCACCGAUGAACGUGUAAUUUCUAUCUUUGCCAUUGUGGGAAUGGGAGGAUUGGGGAAGACAACUUUGACUAGGAAUGUCUUCCAUCAUCCAAAGAUAAAAACUCUCUUUGGAUCACAUCUUUGGGAAGGAUUUCUUAAAAAGGCAUCGUUUGGUCAAGUUGAUGAUUGGAGUAGGCAAGAUUUUGUGAAAAAGAAUUCACAUGAUCAAGUUGAGGUUGAGAGUAGGCAGGAUAUUCUGAAAAGGCUUCAAAAGGCUUUAAAAGAAAAAACAUAUCUUAUCAUUCUUGAUGAUGUUUGGAAUGAACAUCGUCCCAAAUGGGAUGAUUUUAUCAAUUCUUUGGUUGGCGUUACUUCUAUCAAGGGAAAUGCGAUCGUUGUUACCACCAGAAAUAUGGAAGUCGCUUCAACUAUGCAAUUACUUCAUAGACAUCACCUAGAAGGAUUAUCACAUGAAGAUUGUUGGUCAAUAAUCAAAGCAAAAGCUUUUGGAAAAGAGGAUAUUCCAUCAGAGUUUGAGACCAUAGGGAGGAAAAUUGCAACAAGAUGUCAAGGUUUGCCAUUAGCUGCUAAUGUAGUUGGUGGAGCACUAUGCAAUAAAUCGGAAGAUGAAUGGCUCUCGAUCGAAGAGAAAUGGCUUUCACAUGAUGAAGGGGAUCGUAUCACAAAGAUAUUGAAGUUGAGCUUUGAUAAUUUGUCUCUACCGUCACUCAAAAAGUGUUUUGCAUAUUGUUCGCUUUUUCCUAAAGGUCGCAAAAUCAAAAGUCAAGAACUGAUUGAGUAUUGGAUGGCAGAAGGAUUUCUUGAAGCUAAUGGAAGCGGUGAGAUGGAGUACUUAGGCGACAAAUUUAUGAAAGUUCUUCUACACAACUCUCUACUACAAGUUGCUGAAAGAGAUGAUUAUGGAAAUGUAGAGAGUUGUGUGAUGCACGAUCUUGUGCAUGAUCUUGCAUGUUCAAUUUCAGAUUUCGAGCGUCUACAUGCUUUAGUUCUUGAAGGUUAUUGGUGUACUAAGUUGCCAAGGUCGAUAAGGAAGUUGAUACACUUAAGGAAACUUGAUAUUUCGUCGACGUGGAUUGAAUACUUGCCGGACUGGAUUGGUGAACUCCAUCAGUUGCAAACAUUAAACGCAUGUACAGGAAGCUUCUUGAGGGAACUGCCUAGUACUUUGAAGUACUUGAUUAAUUUAAGGCAUCUUUAUAUUGAUGAUGAUGUAGAGUUGCCUGCCGAGAUUGGGAGUUUAACUUCUCUCCAGACGCUAAAGUAUUUUAAAGUUGGUGAGAAAGAUGGAUGGAAAAUUGAAGAGCUUGGAAGUUUGAAUGGUCUCAAAGGAACAUUGGAAAUUUCUAACCUUGAAAAGGUUGAAAACAAGGAGGUGGCUGAGAAAGCAAGUCUAUCUCAAAAGUCAAAAUUAUUGGAGUUGCGUUUGACAUGGAACAUGCGUAGAGAAGUUGAAGCUACAAAUCAUGAGAAUGUGUUAGAAGGCCUCCAACCUCACUCUAAUAUGAAAAAGUUAGAGAUUGAAGGGUUCAAGGGAAAAAGAUUUCCAUCCUGGACGCGAAAUAUGGUAAUUGAAAAUGUGCCUCAAGGUUGUUGGGUAGCACUUGACAAGUUGAUUGAGAUAAAACUCUCCAAGUGCUCAGAAUGUGAAGAAAUCCCAAUGUUUGGGCAGUUGCCAAAUCUCAAGUCUCUGUGGUUAGAAGGAUUGACAAAUUUGAAGUCCAUAAAUUCUUCUUUCUAUGGAUUAGUGAACGAGGAGACACGUGUUGUUUUUCCAGCUCUAGAAAGGCUUGUGUUGGUUGAAAUGCAGAAGCUGACAGAUUGGGAAGAAGUAGAAUCUGUAGGUGCAAGUGAUGUGAAGGUAUUUCCUAACCUCCAACACUUGGAGAUCUCUCAGUGCAAGCAAUUGAUGAGUUUUCCUAAUCAUUCGGGGUCAUGCCUCAAAAGUUUGAUAAUCAGGGAGACUGGGAGCAUGCCUUUAACAUGCAUAUUCAAGACGAAAUUAAAGUUGCUGACAGAGCUUUGGAUAGAAGGAAUAGAUGAUCUGAAAUAUCUCCCAAAUUGGCUAUUCUAUAACAAUCCCAAUCUCUUGGAGUUACGUCUAAGAAAGUGUUGCAAUUUGAGAGAAUUACCUGAUGGUCUAGGCACCCUCAAUUCUUUGGAGAAGUUGAUUAUAAGCGACUGUCCAAAUUUGGAACGAGUAGCAAGUAUUGGUGCACAACAUUCACAAGGGAGCCUUGCAUGUCUUAAAAUAUUGGAGAUUUGUGAAUGCAAAGCUUUGCUGUAUUUACCAUGUGAAAUGGUAGGAUCCUUGCUUGAGGAACUGGAGUUGGAGAAUUUAAGUAGCCUAAAGAAUCUACCCGGAAUAAUUGAUUAUCUGCCGAAAUUGCCUCGUCUAUCACGUUUAGAUAUUUUUGGUGAUUCUCAAUUUAUGGCCACUUUUGGUAGUUAUGAGUUAAGAAUAGAUGGAGAGAAGCUUGGGGAAAUUUGCCAGAAUCAAUUCAACAUCUCACCUCUAUUAAAUGGUUAA